GCGCCCCUGACUCCACUCGAUCGCUAGAUCUCAGUACCUCACCAUCUCAGCCAUGGCCAGGAUCACGAGAGCAGCUAGACACUUGACCCACCAAUGCACGCCACGCCCUCUCCCGGUCCUCGUGGCUCUCUGCCUCGUCAGUUCGUACCUGCCCUCGCCGGUGAGCUCGCAGAGCGCGGCGGACUCGUGCAGCAACGGCCUAAGCCUCGGCAGCCUCGUCCCCUUCAACACCACCGGCCUCACCUGCUUCCAAGCAUGGCCCUCACAAGAUUUCAUAUUAAGAUUCGGCAAGGCGGCGUCGGGGAGCAACUUGUGGAGCUUCGUGCUGUCGGCGCCGGACAACGGCGGGUACAUCUCCGUCGGCUUCUCGCCGACGGGCCGGAUGGUGGGGAGCAGCGCCGUGGCCGGGUGGGUGACGGCCGCCGGCGCGGGCUCCGCGAGGCAGUACUACCUCGGCGGGACGAGCUCCAGGUCGUGCCCGCCGGACCAGGGCAAGCUGGCGCUCGCGCGCGGCGCCGCGGCGCCGACCAUCGUGUCCAAGGGGUCCCGGCUCUACCUCGCGUUCCAGCUUGCCGGGCAGCCGCUCACGGACGUCGUCUACGCCGUGGGCCCCAGCGGAAGCUUGCCGGGGUCCAACGGGCUGCUGCCGCAGCACCAGGGCAUGGCGUCCGGCACCAUCAGCCUCUCCGGCGGUUCCAGCGGCGGGGGGAGCCCUGCUACCGGCGGCGGUGACGGCGACGGCGACGACGAUGGCGAAGAGGGCGGCGAAGGGAAGGGUAAGAAGAGUAAGCGCGCAGGAGAGGACAGCGGUGACGAUGACGACGAGGGGAAGGGAGAGAGGCGCACGUCUCCGGCUUCAGCAUCCAGCUCUGGCGCCAGCGGCGGCGGCGCCUUCCUGAGCACGAAGCGUCGGCACGGCGUGCUCGCGGUCGUCGGCUGGGGCGUGCUGGUCCCCGCGGGCGUGGCGCUCGCGCGCUUCUUCAAGCGCCUCGACCCGUUCUGGUUCUACGCGCACGUCGCCGCGCAGGGCCUCGGGUCCGUGGUCGGCGUGCUGGCCGUCGUCGCGGGGUUCAGGCUCGACGACGACGAGGGCCCCGUCGCCGCCCACAAGGCCAUCGGCGUCGUCGUCGUGGUCGGCGCCGCCCUGCAGGCGAUGGCGCUGCUGGCGAGGCCGACGAAGGAGACGAAGGCGAGGAGGUACUGGAACUGGUACCACCACAACGUGGGCAGGGCCGCCGUUGCUCUCGGCGUCGCCAACAUCUUCUACGGCCUCUCGCUGGCGAGCGAGAGGCAGGAGUGGAGCUACGUCUAUGGCGUUUUCGUCGGGAUCUUCGCCGUCGUCUUCCUCGUGCUCGAGGAGUGGAGGCGCAGGCACUGAUCCGUCCCGCGGUAGACUGCUUGCUUGCCUGCUUCCAUCCGAUCCGUUUCUCAUGGCUGCCAUGCCAGGCCGUUUGUGUGAUGAGCAUUGACGUGUAUUGUUUCUUAUCGUGACAUUAUUCGUUGUUUA